GACGACAUGAGGUUCGUGUCGACAGUCUGACUUCCCACAAUCUCAACACCUUCCAAGCCAUACACGCUAAACUAAAAAAUGGACGUCCAAGCACCCUUCAACCCGUCAGCUCUCUUUUCAGCCAAGGGCUUGGUCGUAGUGAUCACCGGCGGAGGCAGUGGUCUUGGUCUCGCCUACGCAUCAGCGCUCUACCAGAACGGCGCAGAGAAGAUCUACAUCCUCGGCCGCCGCCUCAACAUCCUUGAAGAUGCGAUCAAAACCCUCGAAGCAUCGCCUUCCGCACCUAAGAACGCCUCCUCGGUCCUCGCGGCCAUAGCCUGCGACGUCACCGACCAAAAAUCCGUCGGCGAUGCAGUCGCCCAGGUACAGAAAGAAGUUGGCUACGUCGACGUGCUCAUCAACAACGCGGGCGUGCUCGGCCCCACGAACGGCGCAGACUUGUACAAAGCCGAGUCAAUCGACCAGCUGAAAGAUGCGAUGGUGCAGGACUACGCCGGGUGGGACCUCGCCUUCAAAAUCAACACACAAGCCGUAAUCGGCAUGUCCGCGGCCUUCCUUCCCCUCCUCGAAGCCGCGAACACGCGCCGCGGCUGGGCCAAGGGCAAAGUCGAAGGCGAAGGCAACCCGCGCGCACAAGACACUUCCGUCUUAUCCAAGAUCGGGUGCGACGCCGACGACGACCGCAUGGCACACAUCAUCACGACGGCGUCGGUGGCCUCGUUCAUGCGAUACUGCACCGCAGGGCUGGCAUACAAUGCGUCGAAAGCGGGCGCGGCGCAUCUGAGCAAGAUGCUAGCGUCGUUCCUGGCGCCAUGGGGCAUCCGCAGCAAUGUGAUUGCGCCGGGGCCGUAUCCGAGCGAGAUGACCAAGUCGCGGAGCGCGAAGUUCGGGACGGGCGCCGUACCGCAGGGGCGGAUGGGGAGCGCGAACGAUAUCUCGGCGCUUUUGCUAUUUCUGGUAGGGAAGGGCGGGGCGUAUACAAAUGGUACGGUGCAGGUUACAGAUGGCGGGAGGAUGGGGGUGUUUCCUGGGACGUAUUAGGUUGGAGGCUGGCGUGAGCUGGGAUAGAUGAGCAGUGAUGAUAGACACAGAAUAGAACCAUGAAGAUUAUGCU